GGCACCUUUUAAGAUUUGUUUCCUUUCCUAAAACCAGCGAAAUUAUUUCUUCCUAUUUUUUUUGGGAAAACGGCAAAAACCUUCAUCAACAAACUAACACAGGAGAGAGGAACAACUGAGAGAAAGCACCAAUUUGGAAUCCGAAUUUUUAAAAUUUAUUUCUACUUAUUAACAUUUUCCUAAUUUUCCAGAAUUUGUAAGCCCCAAAUAUAAAAAUUAAAAAGGUCGAUGAAUUUGUAGAGAGGUACAAAUACUGGGAAAAGGGUACAAAUAGAUGCAUGUCUCCUCUAUCACCUCGACACUGUCUUUGGAUCCGAACCCGUAUUCUUACCCGAAUUGGUUGCUCCAGUUUCUCAUCACCGUCUUCCUUCUUGCGUUAGGGUUUCUCUACCUCUUACGCUCUACUGCGUCGAAAUACUUCGUCGUCGACGCUAAUUUCAAUUCUCCGUUCUGCGGUAUGGCAGCUUCUAACCCCAAUGCUGCCGCCGCUGAUUCUUGUGCUUCUUGCGGCAAGCCUGCUUCUAAGCUUUGCACUGGUUGUAAACUUGUUAGAUAUUGCUCCGAAAUUUGCCAAAGAGAACAUUGGAUGUCAGAGCAUAAGAAAAAAUGUUCGAAGUCACCACAGCAAAUGGUACGAAAACGUAGUGUGUCUAUUGCUUUGGUCCCUUCAAGUAGAUCUGACAAGACACAGAAGGCUGUGGACAAGGUUCUCUUCCCAUACGAUGAAUUUGUCAAACUUUACAACUGGGACAAAUCUGUCUUUCCACCUUGUGGGCUUCUAAACUGUGGAAACAGUUGUUUUGCUAAUGUGGUUCUACAAUGCCUUACACACACCCGUCCACUUGUAGCAUAUCUGUUGGAGAAAGGCCAUCGAAGAGAUUGCAGGAGAGAUGGGUGGUGCUUCCUCUGUGAACUUGAAAUGCAAAUGACAAGAGCUAGUAGGAGUCAACAGCCCUUCUCACCAAUUAAUAUCUUGUCGCGGUUACCUAGCAUUGGUAGCAACCUUGGUCAUGGAAAACAAGAGGAUGCUCAUGAGUUCAUGAGGUUUGCAAUUGAUACAAUGCAAUCUGUCUGCCUUGAUGAACACGGUGGAGAGAGAGUCAUUCAUCCGAAAUCUCAAGAAACUACCCUUAUACAACAUAUUUUUGGCGGUCAGCUUCGAUCCCAGGUUAUAUGUACCACGUGCAAUCAAGUAUCUAAUCAAUAUGAAAAUAUGAUGGAUCUGACGGUAGAAAUUCAAGGAGACGCUACAUCUUUGCAGGAGUGCCUUGAUCAAUUUACUGCAAAAGAGUGGCUUCAUGGCGAGAACAUGUAUAAAUGUGACGGGUGUAAUGAUUAUGUCAGGGCAUGGAAGUGUUUAACCAUUCACCAAGCUCCAAACGUACUUACAAUUGCUUUGAAAAGAUUCCAAACUGGGAGAUUUGGUAAAAUUAAUAAGAAAAUUAUGUUCCCUGAGAAUUUGGAUCUUAGCACAUAUAUGAGUGAGGAGAGAGAUGGCACGGAUAAAUACGAGCUGUAUGCGGUUGUUGUCCAUGUGGACAUGUUGAAUGCAUCCUUCUUUGGCCACUAUAUCUGUUACACAAAAGGUUUCCAGGGAGAUUGGUACAGAAUUGAUGAUUGCAAGGUGACAAGGGUUGAAUUGGAUGAAGUUCUUUCACAGGGAGCUUAUAUGCUUUUAUAUAGAAGGAUAUCUGCUCGACCAAAAUGUCUGAAGACAUUUGAAUCUGCAAUAAAUCAACAAGAGGAUGGGAUGAAAUUGUCGACGGAGACAGAACAUAGUAGCAGCUCAAUCCGACAGGCUGAUACUUCAAAUUAUUUGGAGCCGUCCAAUUCCAGUUACAGUUCAGCUAGUCAUCUAGAUUCAGAUGUAAAUAGGCAGUUAGAGAAAUUAUCCGGAGUUGACCAUAAACCUAUUUACAGAGAUUUGGAGGACUCACGGGCUGUGAAUUCUGUGUCAGGUCUACCAGCUUCAGUUAAAGUGUCUGAGAAUGGAAAUUGUCCUUGGAAUACACUCACAGCUGUUGCUGCCCAAACGAAUUCCACAUGUUCAAGUGCAGAAUCACUUGGUGAAGUUCCAGGAUCAUCUGUUAUGGCUGGGAAUGCAUUCAGUGAUGCCACAGGUGAUGAUGGUUUAGCAUCUUUAGCUUUUGCUGCUGCAACGGUGUCUGAUGAUGCUGUUGGCUUUUCAGCUGGAUUCUCGGAUGAAUCCAAAUCCUUUGUAGUUGGCAUUACCGAAAGUUUAGGUCCCGUCACCUCUGAUCAAAAUGCCCCUGGUGAGAUGAGCUGCUUUAGUAAUAUGGAAAAAAGUGAGGUAUAUCCAGAUGACAUGGAGUUGGCCAGCGUGGAGCUUAAUGAGCCUGAUAACUGUUGUAACGGUAUCAUCCACGGCAUUAUAACUGAUGAAAGUCCGAAGUCUUGCCUGGAUACGCCACCAGAGAAAGAGAAGCUUUCUUGAAUGCAUGGCUACAUCUUUUGCUUGAGACCAUUUUUCUCGGGGGCGUGUAAUUAUCAUUUUUUUCUGUUGCAGUGAAGCAGCUCGAGCAGCAACAGCGGAGGAACCUCCAUUUCAAUGAUUCAUUUAACAAAUUGUUCGAUUUGAAAGUAUUAUCUAUGAUAUUAAGCAUAGAUUUAGUAUAAGAGUUGAAGUAAGAAAUAGAUGAGAGAAUCUUAGAGCUCUGUUAUUAUUUUGUCCUCCUAGUUUUAAGGACAUUAUUUUAACUACUUAAACGAACUGAUGUAGCCAUGUAGGGCCAAGUCUUGGAUUUCAGUAUUAGAAGGAAAUCUUGGAUGCUAACCUUCCAAAUUCUUGAAACUAUAUUAGUUAACUUGAAUAUCUUUUGAUUAGGCAACUGAUGGCCUCUGUAAGUACUACGGUGUAAUAGUAUAACUAUUUUUAGGCCCGGACGACGCUCAGGGUUAAUGCAUUAAUAACAUUUAUGUUAUUUUUUA